AUGAAUGGCCCGCCGAAAAAAGCCUCCUCCACUAGUCCGGACGUGGACGACCCUGACCAUGCCGUCCUGCUGAGGAGCCAUUGUUGGGGCGGCAGGUUGUCCUCGGCUACGAGGACAAGAUCUCCCUCGCUGAUGUUGGGCUGCUGCUGGUGUCACUUGCCCCGAAUUUGGAGGCCCAAGACAUAUUCCCGGGACCAUCGCCCCCAGAACAUUUGCCUGACUGACGAGACAAGCCGCCAUCGCCGCAAGCAGUUGAGACCCUCCUGGUCCGGGGUCCGGAGUGCUGGUGUGGCGAGUAGCGGCCCGCCUGUCAGAAUUCAAAAACGACCAGUUUUUUUCGUGGGUAGCCGUUAUGGCCGAUCAAGCGAAAUUACUGCAUCGGGAAGCACAGCAAAUACAGAAAGCUUAAAGUCCAGACGUAUUAUAGUUCCACGAAACGAUCGUUUUUUUCUUGGAUCCCGGUAUGGAAAGCGAAACGGAAAGCUUUUACUCAAUUACGAACAAAACAGACUAAGUAUGGCAUUGAGCAGAAAUUCUGGAGUUAAAGAGGAGAAUCAAGUUUCUAAUUUAAGUACCAGAACCCAUUAUACUUUGAUGUCGUGCACUUAUGUUGGUAUAAGUAACUACUACAGCUGCAUCGCCGUCCACCAGAAUUUUGGGCUAUGGGAUGAAAACACCAACUAAAUAUUUUGAGAAGGUUAUCGGAUAAACGAAAGAAGCAACCCAAACGAUGGAUGGAUCAAUAAUUUAAGUUUUUAGUGGCAUGCUCCUCUGGCGUCCAUAGAAGCUGUUCACUGGGGCUAAAAAUAAUUUUUAAGUGUUUAACAUUUAAAGUACUUAAAAAUAAUCAUUAACGACAACGAGAGAAAAUAGAAAUUAAAGCUCCAACUAAAGGCACUGUUUCAUACAUCAUUUGGCGUGCUUUGGGUUGAUCAAUUAAAAUGCUUUAAUUUGUUAAACAUUGUCA